AUGGGCCGCCCGCCUAAGAAACGGACACGGACAGACGAUGAGGGGACCGACUUUCCACCGCUAUCUGGAGCUGAAAUUUGGCCAAGUCCAGAGGACUCGCAACAAUCUUCACUAGGAAUUAGCCCAAACACAGGCACCUUCCCAGAUUCCGAUCAUCUUUGUCCGCCGCUCUACUGGCGGCCUAGUACGAACACGGAUUUGCCACAGCCCCAGCCUGCAGAUUUAUUGUCAGGCCAUGAAGACCACAACCAUACCUGGAGGCCAGACCGUCUGAAACAGCCAAGCCUUCCUGUUUUCCCAUCGUCUUCCCCUUGGCCUGAUUUCUCGACCGUCUCUGAAGCCACGGCCAUGCCUAUGUCAAUGCCACUCCCUUAUCCCUCAACUCUUCCCCACACACACUCCCUCCCGCUCUCUCCUGCUGCAUCCGUUUCCUCUGACUCCACAACACCUGGGUGUACGUGUCUGUCAUAUCUCUACCUAAGCCUUAGCCACAUGACAUCAAUCUCCUCCUUCCCGGUCAACUCCCACACUCUAUGCUCGCUAUAUAUUGCUGCACGAACAGCGCGAGACGUGAUCCGCUGCCAAGUUUGUCCCAAGGCCUUCUCGACGGGCCUUCAAAAUAUCAUGUUCAUAGGGACUCUAUUAACAGUCGUUGCGGACUCGUGGCUGCGCGUCUCGCAAGCCGAUGCCAUCGAAUUGGGGAUGCAAUCCGCGCCUCCACACUUCGUGUCUGAGGUUCAUCAGAACCCUGACCCAGCACAAGUUUGGAAAUCAUGGCUCCACCAAGUGGUUCGUCGUGCUGUCAUUGGUGGUCCCGUUGAGCCAGGUGCUAUGAUCGCUUGUUCUGAGCAGCCAGAUCUGCUGUCCAUGAUUAUAGAACUCGAAAAUCGGCAACGCCGCUGGCAUGAACCUGGGAAUCAUCCACUUGGAGAAAAUCAGCUUGGACAGUGGAACACAAUGUCGGCUUUCUCGGACCCACUUCAGUCUCAAGAUAAGGGUGAGCCCGGCGAAGAUAAGUUUUUGUGCCUUCGUGUGGUUGGAAGUUCUAGAGAAGUGAUUGCGAAAUUCAACUUUGAUCCUUCGGAAUAUCCCGAGGGCGUUGAGCCGGUCAUUGCGCGCAACAAAGCGCAUACAGGUGCACAGGACGCAUGA